UCGCCUUCUGUUAAAAGAUGAUUGGCUGGCAGACGUGAUAAAACGAUUCGGGUUUUUCAGUUUCUUCCCAGCAGCUGGAGGCCAUGACAGAGGAGGAAGUGGUUUUCCAGGGGAGAUUAUUUGCUAUGUCCAUGUUCGAGAAGCACAGCGGUACGUCACCUAUCAGUAUCAUGUCACCUUGGUGUUGGGACGAUUUUCUAGAACAAUGUUUUAAUAUACUAAAAAGUACGAACGGCCCGGUAUUUUACGAAAAUAGAGAAUUAAAAAAUUAUGAUGCGAGUAAAAAGUUGUUGAUUCCAAAGGAAACACAGUGCAUAAUAGAAAUAAGAAAUUAUAAACAAAAAUCAAUUAAAAAUGGAUGUGGUUGUUAUUAUGGCUACGGCCACGUCUUGACCGCUUUACACGUCGUCGAGGACGCAAAUCCUUACCAUUCUAACAUGCUCGCCAUUUUCAAGACUGAAGAAGUUGUACUGGUUUAUAAAGCUAAAUUUGAAGAUUCGUGUAACCGCGACAAAGCUAAAGAUCAGGCGUUUAUCAAAUUAUAUGGCGAUACUACGCCUCUUGGUGAGGGCUUACACAAUCAGGUCGGUAAAACCAAUAAAAACGGCGUAUUCUUUCGAACCGUAGACGCCGACGGGAAUUUUCGUAAGCGCGAAGGUCAAAUCUGUCGUCCAAAUUCAAACAUUAGAAAACAAAUGUGUCCUGGUGAGUUUAUAAUGAAUGUAGCUGGUGAAGCGGGAGACAGUGGUUCACCUGUAUUCAAUACCACCACCGGUGAACUGAUCGGAGUUUAUAGAGGCGUCUUUACAUCCCAUGAAAAAAACAAUAAAAAAACCCAUUUUGGCCGCUAUACUGAAAUUUCUCCAAACUUUUCACCCUGGCGCCAAAUGACGUCUUCUGUUUUUGCAGAUUUGAUUAAAGACAUCAUUUACUAUUUUGUCCGAUUUCUAGUCGAGUCCAAUCCAAACACUCCUGUGGUGUCUGAUUGACAUCAACUGAUUGAAUUCGUCAUUUUAUCCAAAUUAUAACAGUUUCCCUUUUAUAGACCCUGUGUUGUACAUUCCAUUUACCAAAAAAAACUAUACCUAUCUAUCUCUCUUUAAAUCUAUCUUGGGUGAGCUUGAGUAUUGUGAUUGUGUGUGUGUGAUUGUGUGUGUGAUUGUGUGUGUGUGUGUGUGUGUGUGUGUGUGUGCGUGUGUGUUUGCAACGCAUGAGCCAAAGUGAGUCACUGGAGCCACGCCUUGGAUUUUUUUCGGCUACAUUUCUGUCUCCUGCCACAGUGAAAAAACAAAAGCUUAUGUAAAAAAAAGUGAACAUUUCCCACUGUGGAGAAAACCAGAGCUACAACAUCAUCAGGCUCGAUGGGAUCUGCAGCAACAAGAACCAUAACAACAAGAGCAACAACAAGAAAGGGAUGGAAGGUAAAGCUGUGGGCUGAGCCUCCAUCCAGAAGCUGCUGGAUCAGAACUGAGCUGAGCUCUUUCUCACCGCUCUCAAUCCCACCCCGGGGCGAUGCGGAGAACCGGAAGACCCUGGAGAUCCUGGAGAUUUUCAAGACGUGGCUGCGCAUUCAUGUCCCCCAAAAGACUUAACAAUGUCUGUCUCACAAUGGCUCGUGUGUCAACCAUACACACGCACAUGCACACACAGACACACAUACAAACACACAUGCAAAACCACCAAAAAAACAUGAAAAACAAAAAAACCCUGAAAAAAAAACAGAAAAACGAAGAAAAAAAAAACCAAGAAAAUGCAAACAAACAAAUAAAAAACCACACAAAAGAAAAACACCUCCAACAAAAACACAAAAAGCAAACUAAAAGCACCCACACACACACAUGCUUGGCUCACUAAGAGAUAGAUUUUCUAAAACCUUGAA